AUGGGGAAUUGUUUAGCUCUACAAGAUAAUUUAGUCCAGGUCAUGAAAAUGGAUGGGAAGAUCCUUGAAUACAAAGCACCAUUGAAAGUGCAUCAAGUUCUGGCAGAAUAUUCUGGCCAAGCAAUAUCUCGGACACUUCUGGGGCCUCAACACCUCAGGCCAGAUGCUGACUUGUGUGCUGGGCAAUUUUACUAUCUUUUACCAGUCCCAGUACCUUCACUGGAACUUGACAAGGAAUAUUCAAACACAAAGGAAGUUGCAGGGAAGGAAAACCAUGCAGUUGUGAGGAUUAAGCUAGUAGUUAGAAAGCACGACCUGGAGGAGAUGUUAAGCAAAGGAGGAACGAUUGAAGACAUGAUUUUGCAGCUCCAAAAUGAACAACUGGUCGAUUCAUUCAAAAAUUUGAACAGUGAUGCCGCUAAAAAUUCUAAGGGAUGGAAGCCAGUAUUGGCAAGUAUACCUGAAGCUUGCUAG